CAGAGAACCUAACCCACUGACUCCUUCCCCACACCUCCACCCACAGGUGCCAGACGGCAGGCUGGCCUCUGCUCCAGUAGGAAGCAGCUGGCCAAGUAAGGAAGGCGGCUGCCGCCAGUGGCGGGGCGGGGCCACAGUGGCAGCCAGCCCAAGGCGCUGGGACGCAGGGAGCUUGAGCCCAAAUAGCAGCUUCCGGAGUCGGAGAGCAGUAACGAGGAAAACAGGGACGGAAGAACCUCGCGACUUUUCUGCCUGGGCAACUGUACCCAGCAGCAAGCAGGACGGGCGGUGCUCUGGUACCGUUAACCCUGAAUAGCCCAAGCCCUGUAGUCACCGCUCAUCAAGAAUGGAAAUCCCGCCGACCAACUACCCAGCCUCCAGGGCGGCCUCGGUGGCGCAGAACUACAUUAACUACCAGCAGGGGACCCCCCACAGGGUGUUUCAGGUGCAGAAGGUCAAACAAGCCAGCAUGGAGGAUAUUCCAGGAAGAGGACAUAAGUAUCACCUUAAAUUUGCUAUUGAAGAAAUUAUACAAAAACAAGUUGUGGUGAACUGCACAGCUGAAGUACUUUACCCUUCAAUGGGACAAGAAACUGUACCAGAAGUCAACUUCACAUUUGAAGGAGAAACUGGAAAGAACCCAGAUGAAGAAGACAACACAUUUUAUCAAAGACUCAAGUCCAUGAAGGAACCGCUAGAAGCACAAAAUAUUCCAGACAAUUUUGGAAAUGUACCUCCAGAAAUGAUGCUCGUUCUACAUUUAGCCUGGGUUGCCUGUGGUUAUGUAAUAUGGCAAAAUUCUACUGAAGACACAUGGUAUAAGAUGGUAAAAAUUCGAACUGUCAAGCAAGUGCAAAGAAAUGAUGACUUUAUUGAAUUAGAUUAUACCAUUCUACUUCAUGAUAUAGCAUCUCAGGAGAUUAUUCCCUGGCAAAUGCAAGUUCUCUGGCAUCCACAAUAUGGCACUAAAGUAAAACAUAAUAGCCGUCUGCCAAAGGAAGUACAACUGGAAUAAACAAAAUCUUUAACACUGGGAGGAAGUGUAAGCAUGCCUAUUAAUGAUGUGUAUGCCAAUUUUAUUGGCAUGCAGCUUAUAAAGCCAAAUAAUCCCGAAGUGUCACUUUAUAUAAAUGUCUUGAUUGUAAUAUAUAACUGUAUAGAUUCCAUAAUACAAAGUAUCACUAUUUAAAAAUGUCUUUAUAACAGUAAUAGUGGUAUGUAUAUCCAAUAAUAAAAAGACUUCAAUUUCAGCCUCA